AUAGCUUUGUUUCCAGGUGUCCCUGUGGUGCGGAUGUUGUCCAGGGAAGACCCCAAGCAGCAAGGCCCUGGAGGGAGAGACUUCCCCAGCUCCCCACAUGCCGGGAUGUUUGAAAGAGGAGCCAAGUCUUGGUUUUACUACUGUGAAGCGAAGACACAGACAGAAAAGGAAAAGAGGAACUGGGGGCUGUCAGAGACCUCAGUGAGUUACAAAGAGAAGAUCCUGAGGGAAUUCUGCCUGGGCCGGGUGCUGCAGCGCCUGGUAUGUGAUGGUGUCUUCUCCUUGCACGAGUACAGGGAUAUCCUCUCGCAGGCCUGCUAUCCCAAGAGAGUGGACUGUUUUCUCCUGAAGCUUUUUUCCAAAGGUGCAGGUGCGUUCUGCACUUUCUGCUCUCAUCUGGAGGAAUUCUGCCCUUACUUGCUUACCUGCUUUUUUCUUUAUUACCAAGAACAAACCCUAAGGCUCUUACAAGAUGCACCUACUGCAGAAGAAAAAGCAAGGCUUGGAACUCAGCCUGGACUGAGCAGGGCCCUGGACGCUGAAGAUCAAGAACUAAGUCUUCAAUUAUGUGACAAGUAUGUUAACAUUCUCAGAGUGUUCGCAAUCUUAAAGUACUAUGCUUUUAUUUUUCGUUUCUUCAUCCCCUAGUUCUGGUUCCACAGUGUCUGUCUUUCAGCCACUUACAAAUAGUUUUGCUAA